AGUACAUUCAUGAUACCACUAUUUUAUACUUUUCUUUAUACUAAAAUUUUAUUUUUAUCACCUUAUUUUUAUUGUUUUAAUACUUUUUUUAGAAAUGAGUCAAGAUUUUCUUCUAGAGAAAAUCGAUAAAAUUUCCAAACAGUUUAUUUGUAAAGUUCCCUUAACACAUUUCGACUGGCAGAACAUUUUCGAUUCGUUUUUAACAGAAAAUAUACAAGAAUACCUUUUAAAUAAGACAGUGAACUCUGAAAUAGUAUUAAAAUUUCCUCUGCAAAUAAGUUAUCAAAAAUCGUUUUUAAAGCACAUUUUAACUGUAUUAGAAAGUGAAACAAACUUAGAGGAACCUGUAAUACAUGAUGAUAUAUAUUCAGCGUACGGUCGUUUGGUGGCGACACAGGAUACAUUUCGAGAAAAUUACAAACAUUAUUUACUGUGUAAUGAGAACAAGGUUAUUACCUUGAAGGAAAGUAAUAGUUUGAUAUCAGAUGGUACAACCGGUCUAAGAACCUGGCAGGCAUCUUUGGCUUUAUCAGAAUGGAUAAUACUAAACAAAAAUGUCUUUGACGAUAAAAAUGUUUUGGAGCUGGGUUCAGGUGUAGGUUUAACAGGAUUAGUUUUAAAAAAAGUUUGUUCGGUGAAUAAUAUUUAUCUCACAGAUUGUCACGAAGCAGUGCUGAGUACGUUGGUUGAGAACGUGAAGUUAAACUUACUCAAUAAUGGCAACGAAGAUAACGUCUAUUACCAAAAACCAUAUAAACGAUCACAAAGCAGAUUUGUACAUACUGACAAUAAUACUACCAUACAAGUUUUGAAUUUACCAUGGGAGAAAGUUUCUUCAGAUAUUUGUGAAGAACUAGGAACAAUACACAAAGUUAUAGCGGCUGACAUUAUUUACGAUGAUUUUCUAUUCGAACCACUAGUAACUACAUUAAAAUGUUUAAAAGAAAAUUGUUCCGUCGAAGAAUUUAUAUUUGCUUGUACAGAGAGAAAUCCAGUAACUCUAGAGAAAUUUUUAGAAUUGAUAAGUAAAACUUUUCACCAUAUACAAGAACUUUCAGUACCUUGUCAAUCAAACUUUUUUUGGUCAGUGGAUACGCCAAUAAAGAUAUAUUUGUUCAAGGACUAAAUAAUUAAUUCUAAUGGAAAAUCGAACAGUAUGCAAUGUAAUGUUAUUUUCUUAAUAAAUAUGUUUUGUCAGUC